AUGCACAGCAAUCGCCCUCACCCCCUGCUAGAGCAGGUCCCCCUCACCGUGUCCCCGUUUGUAUCUCUCCCAACGGCCACCACGCUCUCCUACAACUACAAGACAAUGCCCUCCAACAUCCCCCCCUCAGCAAUGGGAAUCCCCACGGCAUCCGAAGACCCCUCCCAACAGCCAAAGGCGCGCUUCGUCGUCUCGGGCUCCGGCCAUGCCGCACACCCCGACGACAUCAUUGACUCGUGCAGAGCGCUCCUGGACCACGUCACCAAAGUCCAGGAGAGCGCGGAGCGGGAGCUCCAAGAAUUCGAGGACCAGAUCAAACAGCGCGAUCUAGCCGAGAAGAGGAGAGUUGCGCCCGGCUGGCUGGACAGUGAGUCGCGGCUACUGCAGCCCGAGAGAAUGUCGGCACAGGCUGGGCCGACCGCGGGAGCGACGGCGCAACAUCAGCAACAACAAGAUCCGCCGCCGAUGGGGGCUGGGACGGCACAGCCGGUGGUUGACGCGGGGGCAGAAUUGGACAGGGCCUUUGGCGGCAUGGCUCUGAAGUGA